AUGCAGGCGCGGCGUCUAGCCAAGCGCUCCAGCCUGGGCAGCCGCCGGGGGAACGCCGCGCUGCAGCCGCCAGGCCCCGCGCCCGCCCGGGAAGGCGCGCUGCCCGGGCUCCCGCUUCCCGCCCCGGCCCCGGCCCCGGCGCCGGCCCCAGCCCCGGUCCCGGAGAGCUGGAGGCCGCCACUGCCGCCGCCGCGCAGCGCCGGGACCGGCCCCCCUCGGGCCGCCGGGGCCGCCGCCGCCGCCUCGUCUCCGGUGCUGCUGCUUCUGGGGGAGGAAGACGAGGACGAAGAGGGCGGGAGCAGGCGGCGGAGGGGGCUCGGGCGGGUGCAGCCGAAGCCCCGAGGGGGCGCGGAGGAGGAGGAUGACGACGAGGAAGACGAGGACGAGGAGGUGGUCGUCGAGGUGGUGGACGGCGACGACGACGACGAGGACGGCGAGGAGCGCUUCGUGGCCCUCGGCCCCGGCCGCCAGCUCCCCAAGGGCCCGGGCCGGGGAGCAUUGAAGGUGGGGAGCAUUAAGCGGGAAAUGGCCUUCACAUUUCAACCAGAGGACUUAAAACGUGACUCUAGUAAAAAACUGUCUCAUCAACACUUGUUCCCCUUGGCCAUGGAGGAGGAUGUGAAAACAGCAGACACCAAAAAAGUCAACCGAGUCCUUGACCAUGAAAAAGAAAACACUCGUUCCAUCUGUCUCCUUGAACAAAAACGAAAAGUUGUUUCUUCCAAUAUUGACGUUCCUCCAGCAAGGAAAUCCUCAGAGGAACUGGACAUGGACAAGGUGACAGCAGCGAUGGUACUAACCAGCUUGUCCACCAGCCCUUUGGUUCGGAGCCCUCCUGUGCGGCAGAAUGAGGGCCUGAGCGGAUCGUGGAAGGAGGGAGGCGGCGUGCCUUCCAGCACGAGCAGCAGCGGCUACUGGAGCUGGAGCGCCCCCAGCGACCAGUCCAACCCGUCCACGCCGUCGCCGCCGCUGUCCGCCGACAGCUUCAAGCCCUUCCGCAGCCCCGCGCCCCCGGACGAUGGCAUCGACGAGGCGGAGGCCAGCAACCUUCUCUUUGACGAGCCCAUUCCCAGGAAACGAAAGAACUCCAUGAAGGUGAUGUUCAAAUGCCUCUGGAAAAACUGUGGGAAGGUUCUGAGCACUGCAGUGGGUAUGCAGAAGCACAUCCGGACCAUUCAUCUUGGGCGUGUUGGGGAGUCUGACUACAGUGAUGGAGAAGAAGACUUUUACUACACUGAGAUCAAGCUCAACACAGACUCGGUGGCAGACGGACUGAGCAGCCUGGCCCCGGUUUCGCCCUCCCAGUCCCUGGCUUCGCCUCCUACUUUCCCCAUCCCAGAUUCCAGCAGAACAGAAACUCCUUGUGCCAAAACUGAGACAAAAUUGAUGACACCCUUGAGCCGCUCUGCUCCCACCACCCUCUACCUCGUGCACACCGACCACGCUUACCAGGCCACGCCCCCUGUGAACAUUCCAGGAUCGGCCAAGUUCACCCCCAAUGGCAGCAGCUUCAGCAUAUCUUGGCAGUCUCCUCCAGUUACCUUCACAGGCAUUCCAGUGUCACCAACCCACAGUCACCCAGUGGGCACAGGAGAGCAGAGACAGCACACUCACACCGUCUUGUCCUCCCCACCCAGAGGGACGGUCAGCCUAAGGAAGCCCCGGGGAGAGGGCAAGAAGUGCCGGAAGGUGUACGGCAUGGAGAACCGUGACAUGUGGUGCACGGCCUGCCGCUGGAAGAAGGCCUGCCAGCGGUUCAUUGACUAACGCACAGGCCCCUGAUCGUUGCCCAGACACUCCUGCCCUUGACUUGUGCUGAGGGUGUUGGAAAGCGCUUUUCCUUCUGAAUAAAACACACUUGAAACCCAGGGAAAGCACUUCCGGGAACCUUGGUGAAAUCACAGCAAAAAACAAAAAAGGUCACCACCCUCACUGUUCUUGCUGAGAACCCAGCUGAGAGCAGCUGUAACUACUUUUUUCCUUAAAAAUUCAACUUUUUUUUUUUUUUUGCUGUAUGUCUAGCUCUGAAAACUAUGGACUUCUGCAGCAGUCGAACCAACCAAGCCCAUUUUUCCUGGAAAGGAGGCCUAUUUUGAUAACCUUUCUGGAUAAUGCCGUUUCUGAGGUUUUUUGGUGUUUUUUUUUUGACACUUAAAAAAAAAAAGCUACAUGUUAUUCAGUAGCAUUUGUACAAAGAGCGAUACCUGUUUUCAUUGUGAAUAGUCUUUUGCCUGUUCUCCAUCGGACUUCUGGGAGCAGUACACAUCACGAUGUGUUGCCAGGAAACGGCAGCACUCUGGGUAUCUUUUCUAUGUCUUUUUUGUUUGUUUAUUUUGUUUUAAAGAAUGGCCCCAAACUGAACCACGGUAGAGCCGUUAGCUUGAAGGGCCCAGGAGGGCAUAAGCUUGAAAAGAGACUGACAAUGGACAUCACCAGCAGACUUCAGCCCCAGCUGAGUUCAGGACAUCCCGCUGUCACUGUUGGGAAACGUCUGGGAGUCUUCCUCGGAAGCCUUCCCUGAGGGGUGGCCUGGCCCACUCUCUCCCGGCCACAAUGCACUCAAGACCUGGCACGCAUUGCCAUCUGGGUAAGCCUCAAAGCUUCCUUCAGGGAUGCGACGCCAACCACAGCUCGGAUCUCUUCAUCACUGCUUAUCUGACAGUUGUUGCCAGGUCAGUGGCUCAUCAGGCCUUCCUUCCCUCAAAACGCCACCGCUGACUGUUUUCAGAAAAGGUAGAGAACUCCAGACCAUCCCGGCAGGCGUGCUUUAUUCACACAGCAGAGCACAGC